AUGCCGCCUAAGCCCAUGGUCCUUUUGGCCAANAAGGGCGCCCAUCAUGCUGACUCGUCUGGCCCGUCUCAACACCAGCAUUCCGGCAAGCAGAACCACCAGCCCAAGAACACCGCCCGCCUGAAACUCGUCGUGCGCCGCCUGCCGCCCGCCCUUAGUAAGGAUGAGUUCCUCAGCACCCUUGGUGAAGACUGGAAGGUUCCCGGCAACAAGAUCGACUGGCUGGACUAUCGUUGCGGAAAGACAAAGGCUCCUGGAAAGCUGUCUCUGCAGUCGCGCGCAUACGUCCACUUGACUAACGAGCAACACAUCAAGCCCUUCGAAGCCCACUUCUUGCAGCUCACUUUCCACGAUGCCAAAGGCUCCCACAAGGAUCCCCAGCUCAAGCAUUUUUUGCCCUCUCUGGCCUUUGCUCCCAACCAGCGCAUUCCUGCCUUCAAACCACGUCUGGACAAUCGCCAAGGCUUGAUCGAUCAGGAUCCUGAAUUCAUUGCUUUCCUCGAGCGUGAGACCCAGCCCGUCACCAAGCCUCUCUCCCUGGAUCAGGCUCUCGCCCAAGAGAAGCCCAAGGACAAGGUCUCGUCUACNCCUCUGUUGGACGACUUGCGAGAAAAGAAGCAAAACAAGGCCAGGGCCAACCAGAAACACAAGGAAGAGAAGCAGUCAGACAAGUCUUCGGUUAGAGGCCGCGACAACAAGUCCGACGCCAAACAGCCCGUCAAGCUACUCGCAAAGGACAAGAAGAAUCAGCCUGCCCAACCUGUCGCUCCUGCCCCACCGGCCGCUGCUACUCCUGCUUCUGGCCGCAAGCGCGAUCGUGCCGCUCCCAAUAACAACAUCAAGUCUAUGCUGCAGAGAGACCUUGGCCUAAAACCUCCUACUAAACGUGGCGGAAAAGAUGCUUCAACCGCAAACACUUCUAAGACGACAUCUCCUGCUCCGAUCGUUGAGCCUGCAACCAACACGGCUACUCCUGCUCCCGCGAAACCAGCAAAAUCGAGAUCCGGUCGCAACAAGGAGAAAGCAGCCACUCAGACCACUGCACAGGAAAACUCGAAGCCCGCAGCGCCUGCCCCGACCGGUAUUCUGAAGAAGCCCGCUCAGCCACCUGCACCCAAGGCUCCCAAGGCUGCCAAAGGAAACAAUGCCGCUGUCCCAGCACCCGUAUCCGCGCCUGCUCCUUCCAACAGACAACCCAAGGCUUCGGCCAAUGCAGCCAGCAGCACCACCAAGGCCUAUCUCAAGCACGCCAAUGCUUCCCAGGGUGUGACCGAGUCGCUUCUUCUUGCUGCUCUGUCCGUGUUUGGUCCUGUCGUCAAGGUUGAGAUUGACAAGCGUAAGGGUACCGCUUUGGCCGAAUUCAAGGACAACGAAGGACUGAAGGCUGCCAUGUCCAAGAAGAGCGUGCCCGUCGCUCAGGGUGCUGUCGAAGUGCUCGAAUUCAGGGACAAGCAGGCCCAGGGUGGUCGCAACACUCAAGCCAACAGCAGCUCUAGAGGCGCCAACGGCAAUGCUUCCAACAGAGGCCGAGGAGGACGCGCCAGAGGUGGUGCUUCUGCCGGCAAUACCGCUCCUGCUACCAAUGGUAAUGGACAAGCGGUUGCCACGAACGGCAACAAGGCCGAUGCCACAUGA